CACUCACAAACACAAACAACUCCAAAUACAAACUCUUCUUUUUCUUCUUCUUCUUCUUCUUAUGUCACCAACCAUUCACGGACCCUUAUGGCUUUUUCACAUGAUUCUCACUGUUUCAGACACCAAACUUCACCUUGCUUCCAACCGUGAUUGCUUGGAAUGCUGUUUUUACAAUGGUCGACAGAACCGUGCCUGGCUCUGCCAUCAAGGUUGUUUCUAAGAAGGUCUUGUUUUUUUUCUUCGCAAUGACAACGUUGUUGUUCAUGUUGUCGUGGUUGUUCGUUCUGCGUUCCACGCAAUCCGAUGUUAUGUCUAACUCCAGCCUUUUCACUUCCUUCAACGACUCAUAUUCUGAUCCAGUGCAGCAAAGAGAUGUAGAAGAAGUAGAACCCUCGAUUGGUAAUAGAGCAAUACUCGGUGACAGCAUAGAAGCAGAAGCAGCAACGACGACAACAGCACGUGAUGAGGCACAACAACCACUACAACAACACGUGCCGGAAGAACAAGGUGUGAAAUGCAAACCACGGGUGCUGAGAGUUUUUAUGUAUAAUUUGCCUCCUGAGUUUCAUUUUGGACUGUUGGAUUGGAAACCUCAAGAGAAUGCUGACAGUGUUUGGCCUGAUAUCAAAGCUGUGUCACCCCAUUACCCUGGAGGGUUGAAUUUGCAGCAUAGUAUAGAGUAUUGGCUUACUAUGGAUCUUCUUGAUUCAGAGGUACCUGAAGCUGAAGCAGAAUCUAAAGCAAAGAGUGUGAUGAGAGUUAGAAACUCUAGUGAUGCUGAUGUGAUAUUUGUGCCAUUCUUUUCCUCUCUUUGUUAUAAUCGGUUUUCUAAAACUGGCCCACACGAGAAGAGGAGCAGGAACCAGGUGCUGCAGGAAAAGUUGGUGAGUUAUGUUACAGCACAGGAGGAAUGGAAGAGGUCAGGGGGGAAGGAUCAUGUCAUCUUGGCUCACCAUCCAAAUAGUAUGUUAGAUGCAAGAACCAAGUUGUGGCCAGGAGCUUUCAUUCUCUCAGAUUUUGGGAGGUAUCCUCCCAACGUGGCUAAUGUUGAGAAAGAUGUGAUUGCACCUUACAAACAUGUGGUUAGAUCCUACGAUAAUGAUCAAUCCACUUUUGGUAGCCGUCCAAUAUUGCUGUACUUCCAAGGAGCUAUAUACAGAAAAGAUGGAGGUCAUGUUCGGCACGAGCUAUACUAUCUUUUGAAGAAGGAAAAGGAUGUGCAUUUUUCAUUUGGGAGUGUUCAAAAGGGUGGAAUUAAAAAAGCCACAGAAGGCAUGCGUUCUUCCAAGUUCUGCCUCAACAUAGCCGGAGACACCCCUUCAUCAAACCGUUUGUUCGAUGCCAUAGCCAGUCACUGUGUUCCUGUGAUCAUCAGCGACGAAAUCGAGUUGCCAUUCGAGGAUGUCCUUGACUACUCUCAGUUCUGCAUAUUUGUGCGCACCAGAGAUGCCCUGAAAAAGAGGUAUCUGAUAGACUUCAUCAGGAGCAUUGGGGAGGAAGAGUGGACCAGGAUGUGGAACAGGUUGAAAGAGGUUGAGAGUUUCUAUGAGUUUCAGUUCCCUUCCAAGGAGGGUGACGCUGUGCAAAUGAUUUGGCAGGCUGUGAAACGCAAGGUUCCUUUCAUGAAGUUGAAAACUAACAGGUCUAGAAGGUUUUUCAGGUCUCUUCAGAGAAGUUAUCUAAGAAUGAAAAUGGCGCUAUCUUCUUCAUCACCUUGUUGGUGUUCUUCCCCUCCACCGCUUCCUCCCUUCAUCCAACGACAUCGUUUUGUUCCUCUCAAACCCUACACUCGUUCUCAACCACACCACACCCUCGCCGCCGCCGCCACCAGGCCUUCUACUCCGUUAGUGCACUCCACCAGACAAGGGUUUGACACCGUCAACAUUGCCGAAGAUGUCACUCAGUUGAUUGGAAACACGCCAAUGGUAUACCUGAAUAAAGUUACGGAGGGUUGUGUGGCUAACAUUGCUGCCAAACUUGAGUCUAUGCAACCUUGCCGCAGUGUUAAGGACAGAAUUGGCUAUAGUAUGUUAUCCAAUGCCGAAGAGAUUGGAGCAAUUUCUCCCGGGAAGACCGUGUUGGUUGAACCAACUACGGGAAAUACAGGACUUGGCAUUGCUUUUGUUGCAGCAACAAAAGGGUACAAACUUAUAGUCACAAUGCCUGCUUCUGUUAAUGUUGAGAGGAGAAUCCUUUUACGUGCUUUUGGUGCAGAGGUUAUUUUGACUGAUUCUGAGAAGGGGUUAAAAGGGGCCGUUGACAAAGCUGAAGAAAUUGUACGCAGCACACCUGACGCUUACAUGUUUCGACAGUUUGAUAAUGUGACUAAUGCAAAGAUACACUUCGAAACUACAGGGCCAGAGAUAUGGGAGGAUACCCUAGGUAAUGUUGACAUAUUGGUUGCUGGGAUUGGAACUGGUGGCACCAUUACUGGCACUGGACGUUAUCUGAAAAUGAACAACCAAAAUAUAGAGGUGGUUGGGGUGGAACCUGCAGACCGAAGUGUCGUUUCAGGUGACAGUCCUGGUUUCAUGCCAAGCAUUUUGGAUAUCAAACUGCUUGACGAAGUUAUCAAGGUUACAAAUGUUGAAGCUAUUGAAAUGGCAAGGAGAUUAGCAUUGAAAGAAGGUUUGCUGGUUGGGAUUUCUUCAGGAGCUGCAGCUGCUGCUGCCAUUAAAUUAGCAAGACGGCCUGAGAAUUCUGGGAAACUCAUUGUGGUUAUUUUUCCAAGUUUUGGUGAGAGAUAUAUUUCUACUGCUCUCUUCCAAUCUAUCUACGAAGAGGUUCAGAAAAUGUAAAAUUUAGAUUCUACCUUAACGAGGUCAAUAGCCAAUUGAAGAUUGAAGCUGCUCUCAUGGCACUGCCAUUCGAAGAAGUAGCAGCUGUCUCUUGCUUUGUAUAGAUGCAUCAUUUCGACAAAGCACAAUUUUGAAGCCGAAGUCUUUCAGGAAGCUAAAAGGGGGAACUGACAUGAUGUACAAUGUCUUUUUUAUUUUCAAUUUUUAUACUGGUAAUCUAGCGUGGCCUAUUCUUUUCAUUAUUCUUCACUUUCCCUUCCCAGUGUCAAUGAUGAGUAGUAUUGAAAUGUGCUACAGAAUUGUUAGCAUUCUUUUUUCUAUUUACUAUUAUCAGACUGUAUUUUAUAUAUGUAGAUAUAUGGAAGCAUUACGGAUUGACAUUAUGGUUGA